GUCAAGGCGGGCGGCGAUUGGCGGAGGCGCGGCCGCAUGUCUGGGGGCUCCUGGUCUUUGUAUACAAGCCCUGGCUCCGGGGAAGCGAGCGCUCCCACCAUGGACGGGGAAGGCCAGGGCUAGGCCGGGAUGGCAGCGGGAUGCGGCCGGCACUCCUCCUCCUCCUCCUCCGCCGCCGCCGCCGCCGCCGAGGGGUCUUGAGCUCCGGCGCCGGGAAUGGGCGCCUCGGCCCCGGCGGGGGACAGGGACUAAGAAGCGGCGCUGCGGGCUCCGGCCUUCGGAGUUGCCGCCCACUCUUGCUUGCCUGCCGGGCCGCCUUGCUUCGUGUCCCAUGGAGCUGGAGGGGCAGUGGUGGAAAGGACAGCUGGCCGCCGACAUCCACCAAGCGCUCCGCUACAAGGAGCUGAAGCUGCCCUCAUAUAAAGGCCAGUCUCCGCAAUUAAAUCUCCGAAGAUAUUUUGCAGACUUGAUUGCCAUUGUGAGCAACCGCUUCAGACUCUGUCCUGCUGCUCGACAUCUUGCUGUUUAUCUACUGGACCUCUUUAUGGACCGUUAUGACAUCUCCAUUCAACAGCUACAUGUGGUUGCUCUUUCCUGCUUGCUUUUAGCGAGUAAAUUUGAAGAAAAGGAAGACAGUGUGCCUAAACUGGAACAGUUAAACAACCUGGGUUGUAUGACCAACAUGAACCUGGUCCUAACUAAACAGAACUUGCUGCACAUGGAGCUGCUCUUACUGGAAACCUUUCAGUGGAACCUCUGCCUCCCAACAGCAGCUCACUUCAUUGACUAUUAUCUCUCUAUUGCUGUCCAUGAAUCGGAUCUCCAUGAUGGAUGGCCAAUGGUUUGCUUGGAAAAGACAAAGUUGUAUAUGGCAAAAUAUGCUGACUACUUUUUGGAGGUUUCCCUGCAAGAUCAUGCAUUUUUAAAUUAUGCCCCUUCGCUAGUGGCUGCUGCAUGCGUGGCUUCGUCAAGGAUUAUCUUGCGUCUUUCUCCAACAUGGCCAGCGCGACUCCAUCGUCUCACUGCAUACUCCUGGGACUUCUUGGUGCCAUGCAUUGAACGGCUAUUGGUUGCCCAUGAUAACGAUGUGAAAGAAGCCAACAAGCAAAAAGGACAUACUUCUCAAGCUGCCCAGCCCAGUUUAUUUCAAACGGCGGCUCAACCUCCUCAGCAGCAUAUACACCACUAUAUUCAAGCGCAUCAGACCCCUCUGCAGUAUUCUCAAACAGCAACGCAACAGAACUGUCAACCAAUUGUGUCAGCUGGUCCCACGCCAUCUUACCCACUGCAUGCUUGUCCAGCUAGUUUACAAGGUGGUAUCCAAGCUCGAGGCCACGUGCAGACUGCUACCGGGAUGUCCCUAGCUGUACCAAUAGAAGUGAAGCCAUGUUUAACUGUUUCAUACAACCGAAGCUACCAGAUUGCGGGACGUUAUCCUUGUAUUACUCCGUGCUUUGAGAGGUGAUAACUACACCGGGACCCUAUAUGCUAUCAGUAUCAACUAACAUGGAGGGCUGUACUCAUUGCUCAUCUGAAUAGAAAUGGAAAUGGGUGGAAUCCAUUUCCCUUCUUCAAAAAUAGCUCAGGUGCAGAAUUUACAGAUAUGAGAACAUAUCUUCCGAAAGAGUGUUAAAAGUCUCAGAAUAUUGGGGGAAAAUAUUUCAGACUCACAGAAGCUGGGUAUACUCUACUACAAACUUUCGUUCUGACUGCACUGAAUUCACAUUUGUCUUCCCAUAAAGAGUGACCACUAUUGCACACCUCUGCACAGUAUUGACUUAAGAUUAAAAUCCAUGAAGUGCCAUCAUUUUUCUGAAGAUGGGGAAGCCAAGUGAGAAAGAAGUGAGAAUCUCUUCACUUAAUCAAGGCUGUUUCCCAUCCAUACCUGUGGAUGAGGUUUUGCGUUAUAAUGUGUUAACAUUUAUAUAUGUCUUCUAUUUCAAAAAAGAAAACUUGUGUCUUCAUUGAGAUCAUUUAGAGGUAAAUUGUCAUACUAACUCAGGGAAUAAUCAAACUACUGUAAUACUGGUCUGUAUUGUGGAAGUCGUGAUCUGGAGUUCUCUUGCUUACGUUAAUUGCAGUUGUCAAUGCCAAAGGGAAUUCAGAUACUCAUCCAGGCUAUUCCCUUCACUCAGAAAUGUGCUUUCUAAUGAGUGGGGGAGUAGGGUGCUAUGUUUAAACAAAGCCAAUGCUGUACCAUAGCUUAUGGGGAAUACCUUCUGUGGUUUCCCCGAAUUUAUGCAACCAACUACUUGUAUCCAAAAAGUUCUGUGUUGUUGUUUUGGUUUUUUUUUCAUUGCAUGAAUUCCCAGUGUUUGCACUGGGGAAGCACAACUCAAGUGCUUACAAGAUAUACACGUCUUGUACUCAAUGGCUAUAGAAGGAACAAGAAGUGGAAAUUCGUACCUCCAGCAAAGAGCUAUGUUUUCUGUCUCUACUAUGACAUUAAUAGUGAUUCUGAUAAUUUUAUGGCUUGAAUCUGACAGUCACACUAAGUGUGCUACUUGCGUAACUAUCAGAAGUGAGAGAGCUUAAUCAGAAGAAUUAUUUUAAAUGGGGGGAGGAACUCAAUGCUAGAGAAUGUUUGAUAUGGAAAGGUCCUCUAGGUCACAAAAUUAAAAAAUUACGUUGCUUACCCAAGGUAGAUAUGAAAAGGA